UUGGGACCUCAGAUGGAGGCCAUGAUGGAUCAUCUAUUUGGUGCCUCUGGCUGAAGUGUGCCGGGAGUUUGCGGUUCGGGAAGAUCAUAGUCUGGCCCACAACCUGCAGGAGCAGGAAAUUGAGCAUCAUUUGGCUUCCAAUGUACAAAGAAACCGCUUGGUACAGAAUGACCUGCAAAUGGCUAAAAAGCUGCAAGAGGAGGAGAAUAAGAAAGCCCAGAUCCAUCUUCAGAAACAGCAGCGAGAGAUGGAGCGUUGGGACAAUCAGAUGGCUCAAGUGAUUCAGGAUGAACUGACACUGGAAAGUGAGAAAAAGCGACGCCAGGAGGAGAAAGAUGAGGCUAUUGCUCGGAAACUCCAGGAGAAGGAAGAAAAGUUGAGACGGAAACUUCAACAGGAAAAGAUAGGUCAUGAUCCAUGUGAUGUUGGCUUCGAAGAAAAUGGAGAUCACAUGAAAAGCAGAGUGCGCAAGCACGAUAGAAACAGCAGGAAUGGAAAUGAUUGCCAUAGAAAUAGAGAUUUAAGGUACAAAAGGGACAAUCACCUGACGUUACCAGCAGAACCAAGCUCAAAAUCUCGAGUUGAUGACUGGGCCAUGGAGCCAACAACACGUGGCCCCAACGAGAAGUCCCGUUAUUCAGAAACUGUGUGGAAUGAUGAUUAUCCAGAUGCUAAUACUCGAAAGCUUGAGAACCAUUCUCGCAAGAAGGAGGCACCAAGGAGACCACCACCCCCUGUUCUAAAUGCAACCCCUGAGGCAACUUCUAACUACUAUAGUCAGGGUGCACGCCCAAAGGCCAUUGCAGUUCGAGAUAAGUGCUGUGACUUGCCUGAGCGUAAUGUUUACUGCCGGCAGGCCACUGAUAAAAUUUCUCAAGAUUGUAGACCUGAAACCCUAGGUGCUUGUGCCCCUAGUCCCGAGGAGCUCCUGGGAAGAGAACACGAAAGUGGUGAAGACAACAAGCUGUCAAGGAAGGCAAGGCAGCGAGCAGCACGUUCACAGUCACCUGACCAACGGAACGAGAGCAAUCACUACAACCAGGAAAAAGGGCUGAAUCCAAGAAUAGAUUAUGCCAUGAAGGAAGCAAUGCACGGUAUUUCAAAGAUGAGUGCCAAAGAUGUGGAGUGGAAAGAUGCUGAACUGGCACGGAAACUUCAAGAGGAAGAGAUUAUGGCUGUCAAAAGUUCCAAACGAGCAGCUCAGUUGGCACAAGAUGAGGAGAUUGCCCGGUUACUAAUGGAGGAAGAGAAGAAACACUCCCAUAGGAAAUCCAAGGAGAAAGAUCCUACACGGAAAGGAGAGGAAGACAGGAGGAAGGGCUCAUCAGAAAGCAGGAGGCAUGAUCAGGAAAAAAAGGAGGUCAGUGAGUACUUCAGGUCCAAGCCUCGGGAUGGGUCAGAACAACUGAUUGGGAAAUCUGAAAGACCAGUAAGGCCUCCUGCAUACCAAGAGGAGUCAACUCCGCAGCGCCCUCCUCGCCCUGCCUCCAGGCCUUCUGAAUCAUCACAGAAAGUUUCUUAUUACAGACAGUGACUGAAAGCAUGAAGCAGUUCUGAAAUGAAGAGGAUCAAAGUUUCAUCUGUUUCUGUUCUGUGUGGAUUAGGCUGAAAGUUACUGAAAGAGUUUCACCCAAUACUUCUCUCUAACCUGUUUACGCGGGGAAAAGAACUACUAGAUGUUUUCAUGUUUGGCAGCAGAUUUAGUGUGAGCUACCUAUCAGCGCCAACCUGAUCUUGUUUGGGAGUGUAAAAUCUUUAUUGUUGAGCCUGUUGCACAAUAACCCAAGGGAUGGUGAUUUUUAUUUUUUUUAAACAAAAAUGUUAAGUUGUAUUAACUUUUUAUUAUAAAUAUAUUUGUUUUUAACUCAGGCUUCCACUGUGUAUUCUAAACAGCCAUGCUCAGCAGAUUGAAUCACUUGCAGUUGCAGCAAAACUUUAAUCGUAUGGUCGAAUUUUGUGAUUCUUCUCUUAUUGGCUUUUCUUUAUGACCUUUCCAGGUUCUCGUCAAGUUAAGGUUGUUUGAGUUACGGUGGCCACAAAAUUUGUUGGAUAAAUACAAUUUCUGUUAAAGUACAAUUAAUAAUUUGUUAUUAGUGGGAUCCAGAGAAUUACUUGUGGUUAGGGAAGGGCAAGUAAUGGUGAAACAAACCAGGUUCCACCAAGCACACUUCAUAGCACAAGAACCUGCAGGUGUUUGGGAAAAUUGCUGCAUACAUGUCUUUUCCAUUUUGACAGAUCUUGAACUGACAUUCAAGCUAAUUUGCUACUGUUUAUCUCUGCUCCUCUCUCCAGGAAUGCGUAUAAUAGUCUUGAAAUCUAUAAGUAUUUUCAUUUUCACAUAUCUAAAUAUUAAAAUUCUGACUCUGCAGGCUCUUUCUGUUAAGUUUUCCAUAUGAAUUCUUGUGUCCACAUUUAAAAUAAAAAUUGCCCAUGUCAAUUUGUCAUGCUUGAAUACACCCUCUCGCCAUAGGAGACAUUACAGCACCACAUAGGAGUUUCUUCUGACAACAUUAAAACAGGAACUGAAUUAUAUUGACUAAAUAUGGAUCUGAAUCACAUCUUCAUGCCAUGUUAUUGCUCUGUUUUACCUGUUCUUGAUCUCAACUCCUUCCAUUCAAUGACUGCUGAAUCUG